CCUUAACUGCAGGCUGGUAUCCACCGCCUACGACUUCGUGGUAAGACAGUCCAGAUUCUGGCAGUGAGUUCUCUUUUAAGUCUCUUCGAAACGCACAACAGGAAAACAUGGCAAAUCUCGUCGCAGAGAUGAAUGAGCUCUCCGUCCUCAACGGCCGCUUCGCCGCCUACACCGAAAGGGUGCACGCCCUGCAGGAGAGCAAUGCCUCGCUGGAGGCCCAGAUCCAGGCCGCCCAGGCCAGAGCCGUCCCCUGCAACCACGGGACGUACCAGGGGAUGCUGGCGGCACUGCGGGCUCAGGUGGACAGCCUGUCGAAUGGAAAGGCCCAGGUGGAGGUCGAGAGGAACAGCUGGCAGGCACAGGCCGAGGAGUGGCAGGGGAAGGCCGAGUAUGAGAUGUCUGUGCGCCCCGGGCUGCAGGCUGAGAUCGAGACGAACAGGGUGAAACUGCAAGCCAUAACUGCAGCUCGAGUUGGCUUUGAGAGAAGGGCGACGGCCGCUCAGACAGAGAUCAACGCCUUGAGGCAGAGCCACGCCGAGCAAGUAGCUGGCCUACGGGAAGAGUUGGCUGCAACUGUGACUAGGGUGGAGUCUCUGCAGUACGUGGUGACGGGCCCAGACCUGAGCGACACCCUGAGGGAGAUCCGUGAACAGUACGAGGCCAUGAGCCAGGCGAACAGGCAGGAUGCUGAGGCCAAGUACAGGCAGAGGUUUGCGGAGAUUGCCCAACAACGGGAGGUAGCCAGCGAGGCUCUGGCAGCCACCAGGGCAGAAAUUGCUGGAUUCCACAAGCAAAUCUACUCCCAAAGGGCCCAGGUUGAGUCUUGGAGGAGCAAGAACGCCUCUUUGGAAGAAACCCUGGGAGUUACACAGGGCCGCCUGCUGACUGAGGUUGAGGGAUACAGGCAAAACAUCCGGUCACGCGAGGCUCAGAUCGAGACUCUGAAGCAGGAGAUCUCCCAGCACCUCAUCAACUACCAGGAGCUCAUGAACGUCAAAAUGGCGCUUGACAUCGAAAUUGCGGCUUACAGGAAGCUGCUGAAUGGGGAGGAAGCAAGGCUCUUCGGCCGCAUAGCCAUUUCGACCCAAGCCCUGAAACCAGUCGACCCCCCGAAGGAAGCUACACCGACUGAAUUUGCCAAGCCUACAGGCAGACCCAAGCGCACAGUGGCAGAGCCGAGUGCAGACCCCGAACCAAGCGAGGACGAGGUGGCCGAGACAGCCCAGACGGAGGAGCCAGCGGCAGAGCCGACAGAGUGAGACAAGUGGACUAUGCCGUUUGGUUACGAUGCGAGAAUAUGUCAUGUCAUACUUUCAUAGCAAGUCUUUAGCAUGUUAUGUGCUCUAAAAAGUAUGGAUCUCGGAAGUAUUGUUUGCGUCUGCGUUUGUCUUAAUAGGAACAAUUGUCUUAAUCCUCGACGUCUUGUUUAUUUUACAUAUGUACACUACUGCGAGGGGUAGAUGUGUGAGUGAAUGAUAGACGUAACGGGACCACAUGCACGCGUGAGUUACGUUUAACACGCUUCAUUGCUGUUGGUCUAAAGCUACAAUAGUGUGUGUAAUUGAUUUUAGCACAUAUAGAAGUAUUGAACGUGAUGAUAUAAAGAAAACAAAACAAAACGAAUGAAUGAAUUGAAGGUUUUUCUGAAUUGUUCAUCACUCGUUAUAACCUCUGUAAAACCUAUAUACAAAAUAUGACUCCUUGAAAGCAAUGUUAUGUAUAACACAAAAAUUGUGGAGAAGUGUGGCGUAGCGGUAGCGUGCUCGACUCGGAAUCAAGAGGUCCCAGGUUCGAGUUGUGCCACCGAUCUUGUGCCCUUGGGAAAGGC